UCAUUCUGUCCGCUCGGGCGGACGGGCGCCGGCGGCAAAGGAUGGUUCGCCCGGGGCGCAAAUCCAGACAGGACCGAAUCUGUGUGUUUUUCUGGGGUAGACACUGUUCUGGAGUGAGAGCGUGCAGUGGAACAUGUUACUGUUUUUUGCUGCAUAUUGGAGUAAAGUUACCAAACUCGAUUGUCCUCUCGUUAGCCGAAGCUAACAACACACCUGGAUCCACACCUCCACACGUCUGGAUCCAGGAUUUUUUUGAAAAAAAAAAAACCCAUCUGGAUCCAGGAUCCUGCAUCCAGGAUUUUUUUCUGGAUCCAGACUGCGAUCCGGAUCACCUCCAAAAUCUAAUCGAUUGUUACUUUUGCUCUUCCGGGCAUUCUGUAAAAAACUGGUGAAAAUCCGUCCAUAACUUUUUGAGUUAUGCUGUAAACAGACAGACAGACAGACAGAUGGCCUGGCAGAGGUCUGCGCUCUCCGAGUGCUUUUCUAUUUUUUAAUGUGUUAUCUGGUUAGGCCAUGUAGCCCCAGGUUUGAAGUUGAACUGGAGGAUGCUGGUCUGUAGCUACUGACCCAAGGUCUGUAGCUAGCAAAGCUUCCGAUGUUCGCGCUUUGUCGGCAUCAGUCAAAUUUUUAUAUUUCUCCCCGUGUUUCGUCUGGUAAUGCCGACUCAAAUUGUAGUCCUUAAACACGGCGAUCUGCUCCCUACAAACUAAACACACGGCUUUACCUCCAACUUCAGCAAAUAAAUACUUAGCUGUCCAAUUUUUGUUGAAAAUCCUACAUUCGGUAUAUAACUUUCUUUUUUAGCCUGAGCGGACGUUUUGAGGGCUAAAGUCGUCUUGUGAUAACAUUCAAUCACGUGAUGUACGUAUUACAUCACUAUAAUUUAAAAAAACAAAAAACAACUUCACAGUAAAAGUAGUGCAGCUUUAGUCCAUGAAUGAGGUGAAAUUAGAAAGUAUGUUUAUUGUAACUGCCUCUCAUCAGCAGUUUUAGUUUAUGGCGUGCAGAACUAAUUGCUGCCGUACCUUUGUUUCCGCCACAGAAGCAAACUGAAGAAGAAAGCAGACUAAGAGUAACUAAAGAUUAACAGGUGAACAUAAAAGACAAACCAAGACAAGGACAAGAUAAGACAAAGAGGAAGAUUUAGACCCCCACUAGAGCAAGGCAGCCUACGAGAGAUCUUGCUCAGCAAAUUGAUCCUGGGAGCUGGACUGAGAAGACUGGGGUUGAUAUUGCGAUGGACAUGCCUUUGAUACGGAAGUGGUGGUGUCUUCUUCUGAUGGAGCGUUUCCAAACAGAGGGGUAUGGCAAGAGGUUCGCUUUUUGGACUAACGGAGCCAGAAGCCUGCUCCAAGGAACCCUGAAGUCCGUUUACAGAGUGCCAAGGCGGGGUGCUGUCACCGAGCAGCAGCUGGUUACGGGAGCUCUUAACCCUUUUUUCUUACUUUUCGUUUUUUCUAUUGUAAACAGGCACUUUUUCCUAUUUUUCCUUAAAGUGGGUGAAGCUUUGUGCAAUCGUGCAUAUAGGAAACCCACUUUUAUCACACUUUUAUUCGGAGUUGUGCUGUUUUUUGCACUUUUUGGACUUGCUUCAGGUGAGCCCUCUGGACACAGUGGCGGCCGCUCUGAGGAACAAAGACGCUACACACGUGAGACCCUUCUCGGCCUCCGCAGCUCAUCCUUUCUCUACACGGAGAGGCUGCAGAGGAGGACGGCGAAAGUGCAGGACUUAUUUUCCCUCUAUCAUCAUGGGGAACGUCCUCUCCAUCACCAACAAGGUAGAGGAGCUGGCCACGCUGACGCGGCUGAAGGAGCAUCGUGAGUGUAGCCUCAUGUGUUUCACGGAGACGUGGCUGAAUGGACAUACACCGGACUCUGUGGUUUCCCUGAACGGAUUUACACUCGCGCGCACGGACCGGAACGCGGUGGGAAGCGGCAAAAAGUCUGGGGGAGGACUGGCUGUGUACGUGAAUGAGCGGUGGUGUAACCCAGCAAACGUGCAUGUGAAGGAACAGCUGUGCACGCGGGACUUGGAGAUGCUUAUGGUGGCGCUGCGGCCGUAUUAUCUACCAAGGGAGUUCUCGCACGUGAUUGUGUUUUGCGUAUACAUCCCACCAUCAGCUCAUGCAGGGACAGCGUGUGAAAGACUCCACAGCGCCGUGCCCGAAAACCGUGCCCCUGUACCCCGUGGCAAAAACAUUGAGGCUUCGAGGAGACACCAGGACCAGCUAUUCCCAUCACAGGACACAGAGCUACUACUUCAGGCCUUGACGACUCGCUGUGAGCAGGACGUGGCAGUACUGGACACAGACAUAUUAAUGCAAGCUUUGGCAGAUCACCAGGACCCGCUAUUCCCAUCACAGGACAGGACCCUACAGCACCACCACGAAGUAAGCAUAGAUCUAUUUUCUACAAGCACGCCUGUGAAGUCUGGUGCUGCUGGUGCUGCUACUGUUGGUGCUACUGCUUCUGCUCACGCCGCGGGGAGAGUUGUGCGUGUGGGGGAUCUUCCCACAAUUCCCACAAUAUUGAGAGGUCAUGAGUCUAUUCCUGAUUUUGAUGAUCUGUUAGACAGCACUGGUGAUUACGGACACACAAACUUACUCGAUUUACUGACAUUAUCCCCUAUACACGUUUCAUCUCCUCUCCCUCAUGCUACCCCCUCUAUUGCUGGUGCUCCUGAUGAUCUUGAUGAGAGUGUAAUAUUUGUCGACUCGUAUCAAGCCCAUCCAUCCCCCCCUCCUACCACCAUCCCUCCCCCCUCUGUUACUGCUGCUGCUCCUGCUGAUGUUACUGAUGAUGACAGCAUAGUAUAUGUUGAAUCUUAUCCUGGUCAGGCCUCUACCCCGCCUCCAACCCCUCCUCAAUCCAUCACCCUGCCUCCUUCAGCUGCUGAUGUUGUUGAUGCUGCUGUUGAGGGUGUGUUGAACCUUCCGCUCCAACCCACCACUACCCCACCACCAUCUAUCCCUCCUACACCUUAUAAUUCCCCCACCUCAGCGGCCGUGCUAACACGAGAGGUCAAUCAGCUCAAAAUCAAGCGUCAGAAAACAAGAUACCUCCGGCAGGCUAGGCACAGUAAAAGGAACGAGCGACGAUACAGAGGCAUCAAAAAACAGCUCCAGCUGCUUAAACAGACCGUCGCCACUUUAAUUAAAGCGCAACACAUUACCACAACAUCGAUAAAUAACCUCGUAAACGCAUUGUCUUAAAAAACAAUACGAGUACAUUCCAUCUACACCGAUAUAAUGCCACCACCGAAGAAAUUUUUAAAAACGAAUGAGCAAUCAGCUCGUGAUGCUCGUUAUGACACCGAUGACAGUGAUGACUUUAACCCACCCUUUGAAGUAGCUAUAAUGGCCAGUCGCCACAAUGUUAUGCGUUGGUCCAGAUACUUGAUGAAAAGAAUGUUAGGGCUAGAGAAGAGAACAUCAUUGUUUUUAAGAGACAGAAUUUCGCCCUCAUCAUUAUCAUAUGCUUGCGCUCCUGCUGUCGGUGUUGGUGCUGUUUCUGUCCCCAUGCUACACUUAAUAAUGGUGCUGCUACAGUUAAUAUCACAGGUGUUAGCCCCUCUAUUGCUGCUGCUCCUGCUGUUGGUGCUGUUUCUGUCCCUAUUACAUCUGAUACACAUGCUACAGUUACAACAAGUCUCUACAGUUAAUAAUGGUGCUGCUACAGUUAAUAACACAGGUGCUACCCCCUCUAUUGCUGCUGCUGCUGCUCCUGCUGGUGUUGGUGCUGUUUCUGUCUCCAUUACAUCUGAUACACAUGCUACAGUUAAUAAUGGUGCUGCUACAGUUAAUAACACAGGUGCUACCCCCUCUAUUGCUGCUGCUGCUGCUCCUGCUGGUGUUGGUGCUGCUGUUUCUGUCCCCAUUACAUCUGAUACACAUGCUACAGUUAAUAAUGGUGCUGCUACAGUUAAUAUCACAGGUGUUACCCCCUCUAUUGCUGCUGCUGCUGCUGGUGAUGUUGUAGAAAUCGUUGUUAAUGAUGAUAUAGCCUCACCAUGUUCAUCUAUCACUGCUAAUACCUCGAUGGGUAUUACACCUGCUGAUGCGGCGGUUGCUGCAGAUGAUGCUAUUGCUGAUGGUGUGGUGGUGCAUGAUCGUGAGGGGUCUGUUGAACAUGGUACUGCCCCUGUCAGUUCUGUGAGUGACUCUGUGGUCUGUCAACACGGUGCAGGAAAUCAGGUAGAAGGAACACCUGACGGUCCAUCUACCAGUGCACGCGCUGCACCGAUGCAUACCCGUGACAUACCUAGAUUCAAUAGCAUCGAAUUUCGCCAGAGGGUCGAUUUCAGGGAUGUUUGUCUCGAUAAUAUAACCCAGGCGAUUGACGUUGUUAGAGAGAGGUUGUCUGGGGUGAUUGGUGCUGCAUUAGAGGUAGUGUUUUAAAUGUGGUGUUGAGAGGACCAUCUCUAGCCAGCGAUGUGCAGGCUGUUUUAAGCUCUGACAAUGCGUAUAACGUUGACGAGUUUUUGGAGGUGAUCUCUCAAGUUGUGCAGAGUAAUGACAUGUCGCUGACAGAUGAUGAUCUGGAGCUGGUUGUGAGCGUGGCCCGUAAUAGUAGUGGUGGUUCUAGACUGCGGCUAGGAAACGUCCCUUAUGAUGAAAUUUUAUCUAAGAAAGAACGGCAUCUGUAUAACCCCGAAAAUGACGGGUCUCAGAACAAUCUUUGUUUCUCUCUCUGUCUAGCCCAUUUUGUUAAUAAAACGUUGUCACCCGCUGAUAAAAUGAAGUAUGCUAAACAACUUCAUAACGCCGUGGGAUUUUAUGAAACACACAAGGUAUCUCUGUCUGAUAUCACUAAAUUUGAAAAUCAUUUAAACAUAAAAAUAGUAGUAUUCCAUCAUAGUCCGGGGCGUAAAAACCUCCAAUGUUAUAAAACCCACGACGCAGCACACGCCACCACUGUGUGGAUGUACCUGCACAAUGAGCAUUAUUACCUGAUUUUAAAUAAAUGUGGUUUCUUUGGCGGUGCCUAUGUGUGUGACUACUGUUACGCUUCAUACGCAGAGGCGUUUAAGCAUGUGUGUAAAUACCUCUGCAACGUGUGUUAUACACAGUGUCACAUGCAUAGAGGGGCUAGUGUAAAAUGUGCAGACUGUAAACGCAUCUGCAACUCCAUACAGUGCUAUAAUCAGCAUAAACACGCUCACUCUAAACAUGGCGCACCCCCGUGUGACAAAGUGAAAUAUUGCGAAGAGUGUGGCAAAACAUAUAAUGUGAGAAGAAACCAACAUAAAUGCACACUACCAAAGUGUACACACUGCGGUGAGACCCUAAAUGACAGUGAUGUGGCACACGAUUGUUUUAUCCAACCACUGAAAAAACCAACCCUACACACCAAAUACAUAUUUUUUGAUUUUGAGACACGUUACCACGAGGGCAAGCACGAAGCAAACUAUGUGUGUGCUAUGGACACGGAGGGAAACAAAUUCUGUUUUAACACCGUGAAAUGUGUUGACGCGUUUGUUAAACAGUACCGUCAGCCAAAAUAUAAGGGGUACACAUUUAUUGCCCACAAUGCCUCUGGGUUUGACAAUUACAUACUGCUGGAAUACUUUGUGCAACAGGGGAUCCCUCCCACUGUAACCAUGCGUGGCAGUAGGGUCAUUCUGAUGUAUGACAAGGCAUUCCAGCAACGCUGGAUCGAUUCAUUCAGCUUUCUACCCAUGCGUUUAUCCAGAACACCGGCUGCCAUGGGUUUUGAGGACCUGGAGAAGGGGUAUUUCCCGCACAAGUUCAACACCCCACCGAACGAAUACUAUGUGGGUAAAUACCCCGACCCCUCUUAUUACGGCUACGACAGCAUGUCUGACAGCGAUAAGCAGAGGUUCAUGGCUUGGUACGACUCUGUCCGUGAGAAAACAUUUGAUUUUCAGACAGAAAUCCAGCACUACUGCAGUAACGAUGUGGAAGUGCUUCGCAAGGCCUGUCUCAUUUAUCGUGAGACAUUUAUCAGCUGCACAGACCUCGACCCGUUUGCGUUUACGACACUGCCCUCAAGCUGCAUGGGCGUUUUCAAAACACGUUUUCUGCCCAAAGACACCCUCGUCCUCACAUAUGAAGGCGCAUACACGCGGCAGAAUAAAACCUAUUCUGAUGUGUCUAUGCAGUGGCUGGAAUUCAUGGCCAAGGCAGAAGGCUCUGAGAUUAGACAUGCUUUGAACCACGGUGAGCAGCGAUUUGGGGAUUUUAUUGUGGACGGUUAUAACAGAGCCACAAACACUUGCUACGAGUUUGCAGGAUGUUUUUUUCACGGGUGUGUCAGGUGUCACGUCCAGACCGAGGUGAAUCCUGUCACCAAAAAAACCUACGGCAGUCAGUACCACUCAUUCUGUGAAAAAAUAUCAACACUGAAAAGUGUGCAUGGUGUGCGUGUGGUGGUGAUGUGGGAGUGUGAGUGGGAAGCGCUGAAACUUUCAGACCCAUCUGUUCAGGCGCACCUCAUCACAUACAAGCCAAAAGAACGCCUUGACCCACGACAAGCCCUCUUUGGAGGACGUACAAACGCCAUCAAACUGUACCACGAGACUGAUAACACAGAUGAGAAAAUCGGGUACUAUGAUUUCACAAGCUUGUACCCCACUGUACAGGCAAAAAAACAAUACCCGGUUGGACACCCUCAAAUUAUCCACCGAGAUUUUGCCCCGUUAGAAAAUUAUUUUGGCUUUGUAAAGUGUACAGUGCUUCCCCCCAGAGGUCUGUAUCACCCUGUACUGCCCUACAGAUGUCACAAAAGGCUUAUGUUUCCUUUGUGUGGCAGAUGUGCUGAGGAGUUAAACCAGACCACUGCUUGCCUGCAUACUGACGCCGAGCGUCGUCUGUCAGGUGUGUGGGUCUCAUUUGAGCUCCAGAAAGCUGUCCAGAAGGGGUACCAGAUUGUUUGCAUUGAUGAAGUGUGGCAUUUCCCAAACAAGACAGACACUUUGUUCACGGAAUAUGUCAAGACAUUUUUGAAGUGCAAGCAAGAGGCGUCAGGCUACCCCAGACAUGUCAUUACCCCAGCAGAAAAAGCGCAGUAUAUACAGGACUACCAUGAAAAGGAGGGGAUUUUGCUCGAUGCUGACAAAAUCUGUGUCAACAAGGCAGUCAGGAAUUGUAAUAAGCUUCUCCUGAAUUCUUUGUGGGGUAGAUUCAGCAUGCGGAGUAACAUGCCCUCCUGCGAGUUAAUCACAGAACCGGAGAGAUUCACCCAGCUCAUGUUCAGCGACCAAUAUGACGUGCGACAGUUUGGAUUUAUAUCCGAUGACGUGGCUAUUGUCCAGUGGCGUCACGCAGAUGGCAGGGCGUCUCGAGUGAGUGAUGUGAAUGUGUUUAUAGGGGCUAUGACCACUGCCUAUGCGCGACUGAUGCUGUAUGACCUGUUAGACAGGCUACAGGAGCGUGUGCUCUACUGUGACACAGAUAGCGUCAUUUUCACGUCCGGUCCGGGUGAUUGGGUUCCGCCGCUAGGCCCAUACUUGGGUGACUUAACGGAUGAGAUCAAUGACGGUGAUGUGUGUGGGCUCCCAGAGGAAGAUUUCAUCACAGAGUUUGUUUCUGGGGGUCCAAAGUGUUACGCCUACUGCACAAAGCGUGGUAAAACACAGGUUAAAUGCAAGGGUGUCACACUUAACGUCAAAAAUGCGGCGGUGGUUACUCACGAGUCACUGAAGGGGUUGGUCCAGUCUUUUCUGACCAAUCAGAACCAGCAGCAGCAGCAUGUGAUCACAGAGGUGGAAACCGUCAGACGCGAUAAAAAGAAGUUUCACCUCAAAAAUGACACAGUACACAAAAAAGUCAAGGUAGUGUACAACAAGCGCCGAGUCAUGCCAGACUACACCACGCUACCUUAUGGCUACUAACACCUCUUUUGACCCGAGACUGCAGCAUCCGUUUAGUUUGGUGGUGAGUGGUCCAUCGAAUUGCGGAAAGACAUAUUUUGUCAAGGGGCUUAUUGAAAAUGCAUCUACAAUUAUUUCACAAAACAUUGAUAAUUUGGUGUAUGUAUACUCAUGCUGGUAGCCUUUAUACGACCAACUCCUUAAAUUAAGAGACAUCAACUUUGUUAAAGGGUUACCUGAUUCCCUGUGUGACGACGAGUUAUUACCCCCGGACAAGACUAAUCUACUCGUCAUAGACGAUUUAAUGAAUGACGCCAGUAACGAUAUAGAAGUUCAGAAUGUAUUCACCAAAUAUGUCCACCAUAGAAAUCUCAGUUGUAUAUAUCUGGUUCAAAAUUUGUUUAUACAAGGCAAGGCUAGCAGAACCAUAAGUUUAAACACAAACUACCUUGUCUUGUUCAAAAACCCUAGGGAUAAAUAUCAAGUUACACUUCUGGGCAAACAGAUGUUUCCUGGAAACAGUAAAUAUUUUUUAGAGGCGUUUAACGAUGCCACUAGUUCUGCAUACGGGUAUCUCCUCAUCGACUAUAAAGCUGCCACUCCAGACCACUUGAGGCUCAGAACCGCUUUGUUAUCAAAUCAACACGUUGUUUAUAUGCCUAAAAAAUCAAAGGGCUAAAUAAUGUCGUCACGCGUGCAGAGACAUCUACCCAUGAUGGAGAUGUUAUAUAAAGCAACGCCUGGUGUGAGAAGGGUCAUUGUGUGUGGCUCUGGUGCGGACUUUAUCGAUGCACUCUGCGAAAUAGCUUUAAAUGUGUUGAGGGGUGACAUCCCUUUGACAGAAAAACAGUACGCACAGUUAAAGAAGAAGAGAAGCAUCAUCAGACUGGUUGCUGACAAAAAGGUUAAACAUUUAAAAAAGAAAAAGGCGAUUAAGCAGAGCGGCGGGUUUUUAUUACCACUACUUGGAGCAGCUAUACCAUUUAUUACAAGUCUGAUAAGCAGAGGUUAAGAAUAUGGAGCAUGCGCAGAAGAUGUUUUUGGUUCCCCAGCACCAGCUUGACAUGUUAAAACACCAACAGCACCACCCGCAGUAUCAGGACCAAAACACUGCAAGCAUAAGACAGGUAGUACAAAGUGACCUCGACCGAGCCAUGUCUGACAUAUUGAAACUGCCGGACACAGACGUAUAUGAAAAGGCCAAAAAAUACUCUCAAGUACUGCAGCGUUAUUUGGCAUUGGUGAGACAGGGUGAGCGGGAAAAAAGUGUCCUGACCCUGUCAUUGCCCGACACAGAAAUUAAGCCUGACGACACCAAACCUGACGAGGAUGAUGGGUAUAAAAAUGAUAAGGUUUUAGAGGGUGUGUUAAAACACAUGCCCAAAAGAAGCCGGAGAAAUGCAGAAUACAUCCUAGAUGCCAUUAGGCAGUCAAAGCAUGUUUUAUCCUGGACAGACAACGCUGAAAUUGUUGUUAAUGGUCGUACCCUGCACAGUACUCAUUUGUAUGACCUGGUGAAAAGUGUCACGGCGCAACAUAAUAUUUCGGACAUUUCUAGACCACACGGGUGGGACGUGUUCCUAAAAACCCUAGCCCAUUUAAACAUACCUUUAAUGGCCAUCCCUAACAAAAACGUGCGUGAGGGUAUAGCUGAGUAUAAAGGCAAGGGGAAAAGAAAAUCUGUAACAGACUCACAGGGGUACUUUGACACCGCACUAAGGACACCUGCUUCAAAACGUUCACUACCUCGCAGACUAACCACUUCACAGUGGGAGUAUUUUUAAUAAAAGUGUGUGGGUGUGAAAUUUGUUACAAAAUGUUCUGAUUUCUUUCUUUCUUUUUAAAUAUUUUGUAUUUUUUCGUUAUUAAAUUUCUUGAUUACUUGAAUGUUUUCUACAAAUGUGUUUGACUACUUGAAUGUUUUCUACAACUGUGAUUAUUGACUACUUGAAUGUUUUCUACAAAUGUGUUUUUUGACUACUUGAAUGUUUUCUACAAAUGUGUUUAUUGACUACUUGAAUGUUUCUACAACUGUGAUUAUUGACUACUUGAAUGUUUUCUACAAAUGUGUUUUUUUGACUACUUGAAUG